UGUUGACUGGUUGUUGAAGACGUGUUGUCUGGUUUCGGGUGUGUUUCAUCGAUAUUCUUAUUCAUCGUCCGAACGCUGUCUGUCACUUAGAUUAAUUUUGAACAUUAAAAUGUCGACGUCGGGCGAUUUUGGAAAUCCUCUAAGAAAAUUUAAAUUAGUCUUUUUAGGGGAACAAAGUGUGGGUAAAACUUCAUUGAUAACUCGAUUCAUGUAUGAUAGUUUUGAUAAUACUUAUCAAGCAACUAUAGGUAUUGACUUUUUGUCAAAAACUAUGUAUCUUGAAGACAGAACAGUGAGACUUCAACUAUGGGACACAGCUGGUCAAGAACGUUUCCGUAGUUUAAUACCUAGCUAUAUCAGAGAUUCAACAGUUGCUGUGGUGGUUUAUGACAUUACAAAUUCAAAUUCUUUUCAUCAGACUUCUAAGUGGAUUGACGAUGUCAGAACUGAGCGUGGAAAUGAUGUCAUUAUCAUGUUGGUGGGAAAUAAAACGGAUCUUGCUGAUAAGAGACAAGUGACUACUGAAGAAGGUGAGAGGAAAGCUAAAGAAUUGAAUGUAAUGUUUAUAGAAACUAGUGCUAAAUCAGGAUAUAAUGUAAAACAAUUGUUUAGGCGUGUAGCAGCUGCAUUACCUGGAAUGGAAACUCCAGAGCGGACAAAAGAGGAUACUAUUCCUCUGAAGCCCCAGGAGCCCCCGAAAGAACCGAAGGACGACGAAGGCGGCUGUAUUUGCUAAUAAGAAAAAGGCGCCAUCUGCAUCGACAUUCCACGUUCUUCUGCAUUUGAAGCUUGCGGCAAACCUGCUGGCAGUUACUGUCGCCCGUGCAUCUGGAAAACUAGCCUCAGAUCUCUUCUUUCUUUGACGGCAGCUUUUUACAGGUCUUUUUCAGUAUCGAUGUGAAAACACUUAGCGGUCUUCUUCGUUUUCCAAUAUUCGGCAGACAGAACGUCUAGAAAUAGAAUGUUCUCUUUUAUAUCGUGAAACAACACUUCAUUUUCAGGUGAGGAAAUCUGUUGCAACUGUAGCACAUGGUUCCUACUCGCCGGUAGUGUUUCGUUUUGAUGUCGCAGUACGAAAUCGGUUGAAAUUUUACUUUCAGGGGGAAGUUAUAGAAAGAAUUCGAGUAUGCUUACUCUUGCAUUGUUGUUUCUUAUUCAUCCACUUCUAUAGAUCUAUAAAUAGAGACUCUUUAUUGAAAAAUUGCAGUAAUAGCUCUGAAGAUUAACUUAAAUGGGUCGAGAUUUAUGACCAAAAUAUGUUGGGAUGUAAUUUCAUAGCAUCAAUUAAACUUAAAUAUUAUGAAGAUACUUAGCAAACACUUAUUUUCUUUUUCAUAAAGCGAAAAAAAAGUUUUGAAAAGGUUUCUUUUUAUUUUAGCGACAGAACUACGGUGUGGGAGCCAUGUAAAAUGCACUUUAGGAUCCGACAAAAUUCUACGAGCGUCGCGGUUUGCUCUAAAUUAAUUUUCAGAAAGAAAGUAUUGUCAUGUCUACAUAGCUUGUCUAGCAAAUGUUCGUAUGCAAUAGCAACGCAGUUCGUAUUUGUUGUUUUCGGUGAAGUUUUACGUAUUAGGAAACCGAAUGCAUCCAGUUCAUGCACUGUAGGCAUAACAUCCCUACUGAUUGUGAUGAAGCAUUUUAAAGAUGUUUGGAUGCAGACCGGCUCGGCGUAGAUUUGUGCCGAAUCCCUUAGCGACGAUGCACCGACGACUUGUACAGUUUAGAUAUGACUGUUGGAUACACACACCAAGUGCUUCUAGGAUAAAACUCUGAAUGAGCACGCGUCGUUUGACGUUUUUUUUUUUUUUUUUUUUUUUUCUUUCUUUUUUUCUUCUUUUUUGUUUCCCUCCGAUAAAUGUGCAUGUAGUUUACAUGUUAUAUGCUACCAUUCUAAGAUGCCACUUGCCUUAAACUUCUGGUCUAACAUGGUGCCCCCCAACCCCUUCCUCAUUGCAGUAAUGGAGUCAAUUCAUGACGUCAUGAUGAAUAUCAUCCAAUUAAAUAUUCCAUAAAGAAAGCACAUUUCAAUUCACAUUUUUCUUCACGGCUUUUUUUUUUAAUAUAGAAACAAUACAAUAAUGUGAAAAAAUAUUGUUAUGAAAACACUUUUUAACAAUUUUAUUUUAUUAAAUCAUGAAUUGUGAGUAUUCAAAGACAUUGUGUUCUCUACAUACAUAUCUGCUAAUUAAAUCAUAAUAGAAAAAAAGGAAAAAUCAUAAAAGAGGAAAAUUAACUAAAAAUUUGAAAAAGUAUAGAAUUUAUAUUCCUUCACUCUAAUAAAUACAAAUAAUUGAAUGUAAAUUUAAAAAAUUCAUUAAAUAAAAUAACUGAACUAAUAAAAAACAUCGAUUAAUUUGAAAACUAUAAUCACAUGGUCAGAGAAAGUACGAUGAAAAAAUUAAAUAAUUGUUUUAAAUAGAAAAAGAAAUGUUUCUUAACUUUAUGCCGCGAUGCGCAGUGGAUUCCAAAUUGGAACAUGAAUUGAUUCCAUUUUAAUCUUCAAUGCGCAAGAAAAUUGUGAGGAUUGGCCUGAAGCGUCAUACAUAGCGCUUUCAAGUUUUAGCCAUACACUGCAGAUAUUGACAGCAAUGCCAUUUUUGGAGGUUUUUAAUCCGACUAAAUAAUAUCUUGAGCUUACUUCAUUUUUGGUUUGAAAAGAAAAAGUUCUAUAGCAAAUAAACAAGAAACUAUCUAAGUCUAUUUUUAAUUGAGAUUAAAAUUCUAAUUACUUUUUCCGUAUUCGUCGCAUUUAUUUAUUUUGAUUUAUGCAAUUUUUAUUGGAAAAAAAUGUUACAAAAUGUCUAACUCACAAUUUGCUUUUCAAUGAGUUUUUUAUUCAUUUAGAAAUAAAAAACCCAGUGUCUAGAUAAUAUUAAUUUGAAACUUUAAAACAGUAUGAAAAGUGCUAACUUUAUGAUUAAGCUACUAAUCAUAUAUUAAUUAGUUUUCACCGGAAUGUUCUUUUUCGGCCAAUCCUCAUGGGUCUCUUUUAAAGGCCUUUUGUUUUAUGUUACCAUCAAUAUGUCUGCGAAUCUGUUACAUUUUUCUUGGUCCUGUCUGUGUUUUCAUUUAUUUGGUGCUGCAGAAGUUCACGAUUCUCACGUUUGAAAGAGUUUCAAUUUGCUUCAAUUUCUUUUUUAAAAAAAUUAUGUAUUCUGUGUCUGAAAACAGACUUCGAAAAAAUCUUUUUUCUUAUUAUUAGGGUGUAAGCAAGCAGUGAACACAGGCGGGUCUCAUCAAGCAAUCAUUAUUAGGCGCGUCGAUAUGUAAUCUAUACUUAUAAAAGGAUUUUUCGCACUCCUAGCCUUGAGAUAUGUAAUAGUGAUUCAAUGAACUUCGGAACAUGAAUUUAACAUUUAAUAUAGACAUUUUUUUUAUUUAAUAUUUUGUGCUGUUUUCAACAAAUUUCUCCAUGUUUUUGUUCCGAUGUACUAUUUCUCAUGAAUAUAAAAGAAAUCGAUGCAACAUUGAAUGGAAUUUGUAUUUGAUUUUUUUUCUAAUAAAAUUUAUUUUAGCCAUUUAGCAUAAUGUACCGAAUUUUAAGAUUUAAAAAAAAUAGUUUAUUCAAAAAAUUUUAAGAAUUAAGGCUACUUUUCUAAUUUCACUGUCUCUUUCUUUCUUUUCUUUUUUUUUAAUCAUGUCUUCAUUUUUAGUUACUUAUUUCGAUUUCUAUCAUCUGCAUUUUAGCAUGCUAUGUCACCAUUGCGAAUUACAGUAUGCCCAUAAAAUCAAUACAAUUUAUUCGUUUGAUUUCAUUUUUAUAACUUUAUUUUAUGUUGUUGUGGUUUUGAUUUCUCUGACAUUUAUCGUGUAAUGCCAUUCAAGUAACUAAUAGCUAAACAUUAUAAAAAUAGAAAAUUUCGGUUAUUGAUACUUUUGCUUUCUAAACAAAAUAAUAUAAAAUUAAUUAUUAAGUGUUUGGAACACCGUUAACUAACGCAGUAAAAAACGAAUUAAAAUUGGACAUUGAUCAUGAAAGUCCUAAAACAAUUUAAAGUAGCUGCAGUGCAGUGAUGUUGAAACGAGGGUAAUUUGGAAAAUUAGCUCCGUUAAGUAAAAAUUGGCAAACAGAGCUCUUAUUAUGCGCAUUAAAAAAAAAAAAAAAAAAAAAAAGGAAGAAAGAAACCGCAUUACUUCUCAACAUAACUGUCAUUCAAAUUGAGACACUUGUCAGAACUUUUUACAAGGUCUGAAUUUCAUUUUUCAAAGAAAGUUGGCCACCAGAGAAUAAGGUCAGUCUGUGACAACACUUCGGGAUGCGUCGUUCAAAUGGUACUGCGAUGCGGGCUGGAAGGGUAUUAACCAUUCAGUGCCAAAUCUGGACAAGAUGAGGGGAUGAUCAAAAACAUACAAAAGGAAUAAUGGCAAAAUUUUUUGGGGAACAUUACCAUGAACGAAGACCAAACUGGACCUUGACAAGCCUGUAAAUCGUUCUUAUGGCUCACAAUGAAUUCCAAAUGCCGAAAAAUGUUUUGCGUUCAUUUUUCAGUUGAACUUGCUCUACCACAUAUCAGUGGCUAUUCGUGACAUUGCUAUUUUCUCAGUUGUCAGCACAAAUGGAGCUUACUUUCCGAAUUACCAUCGUAUUUCAAUUAAAGUGAUCUUCCCCCCUUUCUCGUUAGUUCGAAUAAUCGAACUACUCUCAUCGUAGAUGUAAUAGAGCUUCAUAAUUGUUCAAUCUGUUAAGAAGUAUCGCGAGGUCGGAUCCAAAUGAAUGCCCACGUAACGCAUAUUGCUGCUUCGGCAAAACGCUUUUCAUAUCUUCUGAAUGAUAAAUCAGGAUAAAUCAAAUUUUUAAUCGACCAUCUGUAACGCGUUCAAAACUCCUAAAGCAUGUAUCUUUCAAACAGCGAUUUCUUGUAUUUCCUCCGAACGAGAUUGCACAGAAAAUAUUGGGGGUCUCUACAGUUUUCGCUGGACAUUCUUCUUUCAACAUUUACAAGCAAAAAUAAAUCAAGUGAAAUCAGUAUUAAAGAGACGCUAUUAUUAAACCGGGAAGUUAAUGCAGAAUGAAUAAAAAUGAGGCAAAUUAUUAAUAAUUGUUAAAAUAGUCGCAUCUAUCCGCCAGUGAUGUGACCUGCAGAUUCAUUCAAAGUGUGAUAAUCGUGAUCUUCUCAUUCGAAGGUGCUGAGCUUGUUCUUUAUGCGUGGCCGGUUACAUAUUGUGAUCAUCGACUGACACCUGACAAUUUAUUAAAAGCUUUAAUAAAAUAUCACAAAAUGUG